AUGAAGUCAAAUGAUAAUUUAGAAAAUAACAUGAAUUUGAGUAUAGGAAAAAUAGAUUUGAGUAAUAUUUAUAUGGACAUAUUACACAUACAUGAAACUCUUGUAAAUCAUAUCCAAACCAUUGUUACACAAGUUUAUAAUUUGAUAGAAAAGACAUUAUGUGAUCACAUCGAAAGAAAUCAAUUGGACAUAUAUAUGUUUCAAGAAAAAUAUAAAGAUAAUAAUAUAAUAGAUGGAGAUAAAGAUAAAAUGAUAAUUCAUUCUUUAAAUAAUUUGAAUAAUAAUUAUUUUGGUAACGAUAUAAAGAAUAAAUUUAUUUUAGAGAAGGUAAAUGAAUGUAUAUUAGAUAAUGAGAAGGAUAAAAAAAAUAAGAUAAAAAUAAGUUCUAAGAAGAAAUAUUUUGAUGAAUUACUAAAUUUUGGUAAUAAAAAUAAAAAUAAAAAUGUAGAAAUAAAAAGAAUAACUAGUUCAAUAUGUACAUAUAAAAAUGGCGUUGAUGAUGAACAUGAAAAUGAUAAUGAUGAUAAUGAUUAUGAUGAUGAUAAUGAUUAUGAUGAUGAUAAUGAUUGUGACGAUAAUAAUGAUUGUGACGAUAAUAAUGAUUGUGACGAUAAUAAUGAUUGUGACGAUGAUAAUAAUUAUGACGAUGAUAAUAAUUAUGACGAUAAUAAUAAUAAUAAUAACGAUAAUAUUAAUAACGAUAAUAAUAAUAACGAUAAUAUUAAUAACGAUAAUGAUGAUAAUUAUGAAUGUAUAAAUAUUGAUGAUAAUAAUCUUAUAAACAGCAUAAAAAUAAGAAACGAUGAAAAUAACAUUCCUUUUAAUAAUAUGUAUACGAGGAAUCAUCACGAUAAUAAUUCUGUGAACUGUUUUAUGAAUAUAAAUAAAAAAACAAAGAAAGUAUAUAAUAAUGAAUAUAAUAAUAAUUAUUUUAGAGAAGAACAAAAAAACAAUUUGUAUGAUAGAAAAAAACAAAAGUAUAAAAAAAAAGCAGAAGAUGUUGUUUAUAAAGUAAUGAAUAAUAAAUGUAUACAAAACGAAAUAUAUGAAAAUAAAAUUAAACUACAAAAACAUAUAGCUCUUUUGGAGCUUAUUAAAUAUGUUAUUUUGUAUUCAAAUACAAAUAUAAAAAAGGAAAAUACAGAAAUAAUAAAAAAAAGGGAAAUUAAGGAAAUUAACUCAUAUCAAAAUGUGAAUGUUACAAAUAAGAGAUAUAAAAAUGACUUGCAUAAAAAUGAAUUGCAUAAAAAUGACUUGCAUAAAAAUGAAUUGCAUAAGAAUGAAUUGCAUAAGAAUGACUUGCAUAAAAAUGAAUUGCAUAAGAAUGACUUGCAUAAAAAUGAAUUGCAUAAAAAUGAAUUGCAUAAAAAUGAAUUGCAUAAGAAUGACUUACAUAAAAAUGACUUGCAUAAAAAUGACUUGCAUAAAAAUGACUUGCAUAAAAAUGACUUACGCACAAAUAACACAUGUUUUAAUGACACUCAUAUGAGUAUAAAUCCUUAUGAUAACCAUUACACAGAAAAAAGCAAAACUGAUUUGAAUCCCUGUGAAUAUGAUAAGAGAAUAAAAGAUGAACAUACAAAUAGUAAUAUUAACUUAUCAAACGUCAAACUUAAAUAUAUUAAUAUUAUAACUUAUUAUAUGGAUUUAUUAUCACCAUUUAAUAAAUGUUAUUCUGAAAAAAAUGGUACAACUAAUGAAGAUCAAAAGAAUUUAAAAACGGUAUGUAAAAAAUUAGAUCAAAUUGUAUUGAAUUAUGAAAGUAUUAUCGACCAAAUUUUAAAAAAAGGAAAUCUAAAUUAUUCUGAUAUAAAUAAAUUGUAUCAAGGUCCUAACGAUAAUAAUAUGGAAGAAUAUUCCUCAUCCCAAUUAAAUGAUGAAAAUCAAUGUGAAAAUAAAAUGGUACAGAAAAAUAUGUGCAUAAAUAUUGAUAACAAAAUAAAUAUGAAGAACAAAAGUAUUCCGUGUGAAUGUACAAAAUGUUUGGAAGGAAUAAUCACAAACAAGUUUAUUGACACCACAAAUAAUAAGAAAAAUAAGAAAAAUAAAAAAAAUAAAAAAAAUGAUGAUAAUAAGAAAAAUAAAAAAAAUGAUAAUGAUAAUAAUAAAAAUAAAAAAAAUGAUGAUGAUAAUAAAAAUUAUGAUGAUAACAUAAAUAAAGAUAAUAACUUAAAUAAAGAUAAUAACAUAAAUAAAGAUAAUAUCAUAAAUAAUGUUAAUAAUAAUAGUAGUAAUAGUUAUAAAAACAGAAAGCACCAUAAUACAUAUAUUAAGUGUUGUCAUGCUUCUCAUUUGUUUUCUACAAAAAUAAAUGUCCAAGGACAUUGUGACAACAAAUGUUCUCAUAAUAUUAAUAAUAAUACACCUGAAAGUAUUGUACAGAACAAUAAAACCAUUUCCGAUAUAAAGCUGAUGAAUAAUACAAAUAUAUCAAUAAAUUGUAACAAAUUAUUAAAUGAGAAUUGUAUAAAAAGCUCAUGUGAUAAAUCCAACUUUCUUAAUACACCAAAUAUAGUGGUGCCUAAAUAUUCUAAUAUUCGUCCUAUUACUCAAAAAGAUUCACUUUCAAAUGAUUUGUUAAGAAAUAAUAAUUUAAGAGAAAAGUACUAUCCACAAAAUGAUAGGAACUAUUAUAAAGAGAAAAGAAACACGAAUUGUAAUAAUGAUGUAGAGAAAAACAUAAAGGAUAAUAUUUUACAUUCAAAAAAACAAUGUAGUCAUUUAAAUAAUGUUGAUUAUGAUUCAGAUAAUAAAUUUAAAAAUGAUAAUACUGAAGGAAUUAAUAAUUUUGAUCAAAAUAAAUAUCAAAAACAUGAUAUGAUACCUUUUUUUAAUGAUGAUCAUAUUGUUAAUUACAGAAAUAUUUCAAGUUCUAAUUAUCACAAUAUAAAUAAUAUUCCUAAUUAUUUCAUACCUUUAAAUAAUAAUGAUGAAAAAAAGAAAUUCUUAGAUACUGAAACAUAUAACUAUAAGAAUAUAAAAAUGAAUAAUAAUGAUAAGCACAUAUAUAAUAACAUAAAUAAUGAUGAUAAGCACAUAUAUAAUAACAUAAAUAAUGAUGAUAAGCACAUAUAUAAUAACAUAAAUAAUGAUGAUAAGCACAUAUAUAAUAACAUAAAUAAUGAUGAUAAGCACAUAUAUAAUAACAUAAAUAAUGAUGAUAAGCACAUAUAUAAUAACAUAAAUAAUAAUGAUAAGCACAUAUAUAAUAACAUAAAUAAUAAUGAUAAGCACAUAUAUGAUAACACAAAUAAUAAUGACAAGUACAUAUAUAAUAACACAAAUAAUAAUGACAAGUACAUAUAUAAUAACACAAAUAAUAAUGACAAGUACAUAUAUAAUAACACAAAUAAUAAUGACAAGUACAUAUAUAAUAACAUAAAUAUUAGUGAAAAAGACAAUGAUGUAAUAUAUCAUGAGAUUGUAAGAAAAUGUUGUAGAAAUAAUACAUGUACCUGUUUCAUUAAUAAUAAUGAUAAUGUGGAUGUGAAUAUUAAUUUAAAAUUAAACAGUGAAGAUAAUUCAUUAGUUUUGUCUCCAUCAUCUUGCUCGAACGAUAAAAGUUUUAUAAAUGACUUUAAUGAGAAUAAGGAUGAUAUGCCAUUUAUAUAUAAUCAAAUUAAUAUAAAAAAUGAUAAACAGGAAUAUGUUAUAUGUGAACCAACAAAAAGUACUCAACACAUAAAUGAAAAGAAUGUUCCAAUAAAUACAUUUAAUAACACGAAUUGUCAUUUUGUGAAAAAUAGGAAUAAAGAGGUUAUUACAACUACAUAUAAUGAUAACAUAAAUAUAUAUGAUCAAAUGAAAAAGAAAAAUAUUAAUCAAUUUGAUGAUCAAACCGUACCCACAUCAUCAAAAAUAUAUUCAGAUCAACAUCAUGUAGAACAUAUAAAUAAUAAAUCAAUUAAUCAAAAUUGUUUAAAUAUAUUGACCGACAAAAAUAUUUAUUAUAAUGAUACCAUUAAGAAAUAUGAAAAUAGAAAGAUGACAACUGAUAAUAUAAGGUAUUCAAAUAUUUGUGCUAUAAACAAUGGACAAAAUAGUUGUAAGCCUAAUGUUAUAGUGAACCAACAAAUAUUUCAUAAAGUGGAUGAGCAUGGAAAUUUUAUAUAUAAUAUGAGAGAUCAUGAGAACAGACAAGACGAUAAGUUGUUAUUAGAUCAACUACACCUUGAUUCAUUAUGUAAGACAAGCGACGGAAGGAACAAAGAACAUUUUGGAACUACACCUCUUUAUCAUCAUGUGUGUAAUAACAAGUUUGUAGAUAAUAGGAACAAUAAUUACAGUGAUGAGGAAAGUACAUACGUAAAUGAAAUUCAUAAUUACAUAAAUAAGGAUAUUAAUUAUAACAACGAAAAGAAUGAGUGUACCCAUCAUAUGAUUAAUUAUAAAAAUGAAAAGAAUGAAUGUACCCAUCAUAUGAUUAAUUGUAACAAUGAUAUGGAUAAUUACAACCAUCAUAUGGUUAAUUAUAACAAUGAAAAGAAUGAAAGUAACCACCACGUGGUUAAUUAUAAAAAUUAUAAUAAAGAAUGUAACCAUCAUAUGAUUAAUUAUAAAAAUGAUAUGAAUAAUUACCAACAUGAUAUGAAUAAUUACAAACAUGAUGUGAAUAAUUACCAACAUGAUAUGAAUAAUUACCAACAUGAUAUGAAUAAUUACAAACAUGAUAUGAGUAAUUACCAACACGAUGUGAAUAAUUACAAACAUGAUGUGAAUAAUUACCAACAUGAUGUGAAUAAUUACAAACAUGAUGUGAAUAAUUACAAACAUGAUAUGAGUAAUUACCAACAUGAUGUGAAUAAUUACAAUCACUGUGUUAAUAAUUAUAAUCAUGAAGGUAGCAACGAUAAUACAGAUAAUAAAUACAACGGUAAUAAUAAUUACAGUGGUCAUAAUAACCAUCAUGGUGAUAGUGAUCACAAUGCCCAUGAUAACUACAAUGAUAAUAAUUACCUUAACCCUUCAGGUAGAAAUAAUAACAGUAGUAAUAAUGAGGGGGGAAAUGAUGAUGAAAGUACAGAUGAUAAUGAUGAAAAUGAUAAAGAAGAAGAUGAAGAAAAGGAUGAAGAAAAUGAAGAAAAGGAUGAAGAAAAUGAAGAAGAAAAUGACGAAGAUAAUGAAGAAGAAAAUUACAAAAAAGAUAAUGAAGAAGUUUAUAAUCAACAUAAAAAUUGUAACAACCAAUUCGUGAAAAUUGAAGGUGAUAACAUUUUUGAUAAUAGUACUAGUAAUUCUUUACACAAUAUAUGUUAUUCAUAUAAAAACAGAUAUAAUGAUUCUCACGUUUAUUUAAUGUCAGGUGAAAAUGAAAUAAUGGCACACAAUAAAAUUUAUAGACCUCAAGAAAUGGACAUACCUAUAACACAAGAUAAUAGUUUUGUGUUUCAAAAUAAAAAUAAUGGAAAUCAGUAUGAUGCACAAAUGAGUGAUUUUUAUAAUUUUCAUUUGAACAGCAUGAAUAGCAUAAAUGACACUAAUAGUAUAAAUAAUAUGAAUGUUAUAAACAAUAUGAAUGAUUUAAAUAAUAUGAAUAAUAUAAAUAAUAUGAAUGUUAUAAAUAAUAUGAAUGUUACAAGCAAUUUGAAUGAUAUAAACAAUUUGAAUGAUAUAAACAAUUUGAAUAAUAUAAACAAUUUGAAUAAUAUAAACAAUUUGAAUAAUAUGAACAGUAUAAAUAAUAUACACAACAUGAAUAAUAUGAACAGCAUAAAUUAUACAAACAAUAUAAAUAAUACAAACAAUGUAAAUAAUACAAACAAUGUAAAUAAUACAAACAAUAUAAAUAAUAUGAAUAGUAUGAAUAACAUGAAUAACAUGAAUAACAUGGUCACUAUAAACAAUAUGAAUAGUAUAAACAAUAUGAAUAAUAUACAGAACGUAAACAACUUAUACAAUUUUUAUAAUGAAAAUCAAAAUAGCAUAAGUGUUCCAAAUGUACAUGGAGAUUUUAUGAGUGAAAAGACGAAUGAGGAAAAGAUAUCCACAAAUGAUUUAGAUACAUAUGAAAAUCUUAAUAAAGAUAUGAUAAAUGAUUUGAGUAUAAAUAUGAGUUUAAACAAUUAUAAUAAUGAAAUGAUGAAUAAUGAAAUCUGUAGUUCUUACUUUGACAUGUGUAACAAUAUGGACGAACCAUACAAUAUCAUGAAUAAUAACAAUAGUACUAAUAGUAGUUAUAAUAGUAGUAAUAAUAACAACAAUAAUAAGAAAAACGAAAACGAAAACGAAAAUGAAAACGAAAACGAAAACGAAAAUGAAAACGAAAAUGAAAACGAAAAUGAAAACGAAAAUGAAAACGAAAAUGAAAACGAAAAAGAAAACGAAAACGAAAACAAUAACAAUAACAACAUCAACACCAAUGAAAAUAAUAAUUAUAUUAACAACAAUAAUAAUGAUAAUAAUAAUAAUUUGUUUGAAUGCGAUAAGUGUAAUGUCGAUUAUGAUAUAAUGAAUUUUACAAACAAUACUUAUAUGGAUAUACAAAAAAUACUUCAAAAUGAUGAUAUAUUAAAACAAGAAUUUGCUAAUAUAGAAGAAUGUUUUAAGAUACAUACGUCUCCUUCUAUAAAUUAUAUGAAAGUAAAAGGUAAAGGUGAAUGUUGCCAUCAAAAUCAACAAAUAAUGUACGAACAUUAUGAUGCAGGGAAGCAUUCUAAUAAUAAUUUUAUAAGGAAUAAUGAUGAUAUAUACAAAAAUUUAAGUAUCGACGAAUUUUUUCUAAAUCCAAAUAACAUAGAAGCUAAUAUUAUAAACAAUGAUAUAAUUAACGAAAAUAUUAAUAGUGACAUAGAAAAAAUUAUGGAUAUAAUGACUUCAAAUAAUAAUAAUGAAAGAGAAGAUAAUAGAAAUCAUUCAAGACAGGAAGACGAUAAGGGAAGGCAACAAACUAAAGGAAAAGAAAAAUGUAAAGAAAAAGAUAAAUAUAAAGAAAAAGAUAAAUAUAAAGACAAAGAAAUUGAUAUAUACAAAGAAAUAAAUAAUGAUAAGAUGAUAACUGAAGAUAUGGGAAUAUAUGGAGAACAAAUUAAUUUAAAAAAAAAAGAAUUAACCAACUUUUCAUCUUCAUUCAAUAUGUCAAAUAACAACAACAACAACAACAACAUUAAUAAUAAUAAUAAUAAUAAUAAUACAUUUGAUAUAUCUACCAAAAACAAAGAGAAAAAAAGAAAAAUAGAUUCUCUAGGAAACAAUUAUGAGAAUAUAAUCUCUUCAAAUGAUUCAAAAAUCGAGAGCAUACAUGAGCAAUCAACCUCAAGAAAGUUUCAUAAAAUUAAUGAAGAUAAAAGAAAAAAAUAUCAAAAACUUGAUAUAAGAACUUUAAAUAAAAACGUUCAAAAGAACAAAGAAAUAUGUACGAAUUGUUAUAUACACUAUGAUAAUUUUAAGUCAAGUUAUAUUUUAACCUUUAUAAACAGAAAACAAAAAAAACAAAGAAAAAUUUUCCCUGUAGAACCUAAUGAAAAGGAUGAAGCAUAUAUUGUACAAAUUAUAAAAUAUAUUGAAAAAUUAAAGGAACAAGAUAAAAUAUUUGGAAUCAACAAAAAUGAGGAAAAACAGGAAAAUAAAAAUUGUUGUCUAAAUGAAGGUGAACAGCAACAGGGGACGUUAAAUAUAAAUACAAACAUAAAUAAUUGUAGUGAUAAUAUUAUGAAGGGUAAUAAUAUGAAGGAUAAUAAUAUGAAGGAUAAUAAUAUGAAGGGUAAUAAUAUGAAGGAUAAUAAUAUGAAGGGUAAUAAUAUGAAGGAUAAUAAUAUGAAGGAUAAUAAUAUGAAGGAUAAUGAAGUUGCUCAUCAUGAUAGUAUGAAUGAUCAUAAGGUAAUUAAUAAGGAUAAUUCGAAUGAAAACAAUAUGAAUAAUAAUAACCUCAAUAAUAAUGAUAAUAUAUAUAAUAAUGAUAAUAUAUAUAAUAAUGAUAAUAUAUAUAAUAAUGAUAAUAUAUAUAAUAAUGAUAAUAUAUAUAAUAAUGAUAAUAUAUAUAAUAAUGAGAAUAUAUAUAAUAAUGAGAAUAUAUAUAAUAAUGAGAAUAUAUAUAAGAGCAAUAUAUAUAAUAAUGAUAAUAUAUAUAACAGCAAUAUAUAUAAUAACAACAAUAUAUAUAAUAAUGAUAAUAAUAAUUGCAGUAAUAACAAUGUUAAUAUGAUGAACCAAUUUCCUUAUGGUAAUAAUACAGAAUAUAUUUUAAAUAACAAACUUACAUUUAAUAACAAUGAUCCUAAUCAAGAUAAAAGCGAUUUAAUAAAUGAUAUGAGUAGAACAAACGAAAAUAUAAAAAAUAAUAAUAUGAAUAAUUUUGUACAGAAUUUUAAUGAACAAUUUUUUGUACAACAAACCAAUUUUAAUUAUAUAAAUGACAACAUUAAUAAUAUAUCUCCUAUAAAUAAUAUGAAUAAUAUAAAUGGUUUAAAGAAACAUAUGAAUCGUACAUAUUCAAGAUCUAUAAGUAUGUAUGAAGAUAUAAAUAUCCCACAUAAUGUUGAUUAUAUUAAUUAUAGUAUAGAAAAUGAUAAUGUAUAUGACGAAAAUUAUAAUAUAGUAUUAAAUCAAUGUGCAUCAAAUAAUGCAAAUGUAACUAUGUUCUUCGAAAAUAACGACAACAAGGAUAAUUCAACAAAACCAUCAGGGGAUGUAUAUAUGGAAGAUAUGAACAUACCAAAUAAUAUGAAUAAUAUGAAUAGUAUGAAUAGUAUAAAUAGUGUGAAUAGUAUAAAUAGUGUGAAUAGUAUAAAUAAUGGAAACAAUAUUAACAAUGUAAACAUUAUGAAUAAUAUAAAUACUCUUAGUUGUAAUAUAAAUAAUAAUUCCUUUGCUAAUAAUUUAUAUGAUAACAAUAUAAUUUCUCAUAAUAUGAAAAAUAUCAUGUAUCCAUAUAUAAAUAACAAUAUUACAAAAACAACGAAUACAUCUAUUAAUGAAAAAAACCAAGCGAAUAGAAUUAAUAAUAUUCCCUACACCAAUUUUCAUAACAUACAAAAUAACAACGAUGCAGAUACUAUGACAAAUUUUCAUAACAUACAAAAUAACAACGAUGCAGAUACUAUGAAAAAUUUUCAUAACAUACAAAAUAACAAUGAUGGGCAUACUAUGAAAAAUUUUCAUAACAUACAAAAUAACAAUGAUGGGAAUACUAUGAAAAAUUUUCAUAACAUACAAAAUAACAAUGAUGGGGAUACUAUGAAAAAUUUUCAUAACAUAAAAAAUAACAAUGAUGGGCAUACUAUGAAAAAUUUUCAUAACGUCAUGAAUGAAUAUAACAGAAAUGUAAAUAACAAAACAAAUUAUGAAGAUCUAGAAAGUGUAGAUAAAAAUAUUUCACGCGAAAAUAAUAUGUAG